AUGUCGACUCCGGCCGCAAACUUGGGAGACUUCCUUCGAGUAUUGAUGGCAGUGCAGGCUGUGCUCCUGACAGUGCCUCCCCGGAUCGGCACCAGCGCACCGCUCGAGGCGAUCAUCCCCAAGCCCGUGGCCCGCUUCGCAAUGGAGCAGCGCCUUCCGGACCCGGUGCUUCCACAACAGGCGAGCCAGUAUACGCUGCUGAACAUGGCUCGCCCCUACACAGUCCGUCGCAUCCGCCGGGUCCUGAACGCGAAGGCAUUUACCAACAUGCUCGGGCUCAAGGGACCACCGCAGCCGGACGACCUCAGGAGCUUCUGGAAGGCAGUCAACUCGAAGGCACUGA